AUGGACCCUAUCUCAGUAAUCGGCCUUGCUGGAUCACUUGUGGGCAUUAGCGAUGUGAUCGCGAAGAGUUUACGCCGCCUAAUCGACCUCCAAUCCCGAUAUCGAAGCGCCAGCCUUGUCGUCAGUCUUCUUAUCGGGCAGCUGAGUACGCUCAAAUCUGCUUUGAACCAAAUCACAGACUUUGUUACUUCAAGCCUGACGAGCGUGCAAAGGCGUGAGCAACUUGUUGCGGAUUUCGGGGUAUCUUUGGAGAGCUGCAAGCUCUUGAUUACGGUGCUAGAAGAGCGUCUUGACCAGCUGGAAUACAACGACAAUGGAAACUUGAAUGCCAAGGGCAAGGUCGUUUUUUUGUGGGAGGAAUCUGAACUGAAUGCUUUCACGGCUCAUCUCAACAAUCAAGCCAACGCUCUUAACCUUCUCCUUACGGCUUUACACUGUCGGACAACUUUUGAGCGCAAUGCGUUGCUCCAGGACGACGAAAGUCGCCGGAUUAUUAAGCGGGUGGAAGAUAACAGAGCAUCUCUGUUAUCGCUGGGGGAUUCAUCGUCCAGCUAUACCAGGCGCAGUAGAAGAACCGAGAAUUCCAACCUCCUGGACACGGAAUUCGGAUUUGAUAAUGAAGUAAUAACAACUGAUGUGUACCGGGCUGCAUUGAGGUCCAACUUGCAGAAAGCAGCUUCUAAGCGAGGUGAUCUAGUGCUCCCCGGCACGACCGAAGGGGAUAGCUCGACCCCUAUGCCUACAGCUCGUCUUGACAAUCUAGGGUCUGGAUCCAGUCCUCUUCUCACAACCCCAUUGCAUGAUGGUCUGGUGCUUGAGUCCCCACAAGAAUUUCCUGCUUUAAGACGAUGGUUUCAGACAGAUGGCGCCAUAACGCAUACCACCGAAUUUGAUAGAUUUAGUUCCCGAUUGAGUCGAGUCGGCAGUCUGCUCAGACGCGGCGACAAUGCUUCUGUAUUCUCUUUCAAAUCCCAAGCACAAAGCGAGGAUGAAAAGCCGGACUGUCCAUUGAUCGCAACUUCCGAGCCAUUGCCGAAACCAAAGACUGCUAGACGGCAUCUGCGAACGAUGGAAGCUCCGGAAGAGCUGAAGAUUGAAAAGUGUGAUGUCGCGGAGGAAGAAUUGAAAGUGAUACUCUUAGGAUCCGGAAACAGCGGCAAAUCGACGCUGUUUAAAUCCAUUGAUGCCUUCAACCAGGGCGGCCUGAAUCUGGAGGAGCGUUUGUGGUACAAGGAAGCUGUGUUCACGAACACGAUCCAGAGUAUGCGCGAUAUUAUACAAGCUAUGCGGGAGAAACUUGAUUUGCCACUGAAUGACAGCACAAAUUAUCGCCACGCACAAACGAUACUAUUCCCAUCAUCUAGCUUUGUUGGUAAUUUCUUCUGUUCAGACGUGUGUCCAGCGAUCGAGGCUUUAUGGAAAGAUGAGGGGGUGCAGCAAGCUUUUGAAAGGUCGAAUAAAUAUAUGCUGCAAGAUUCGGCUGCAUACUUUUUCAACUCAGUUCGUCGUAUCAGCGAAACUGAUUACAUUCCAACCGACGAAGACAUCCGCAGGGCUCGAAUCAGGAGUACUGGUAUUUUCAGCACAAUGGUGAAGUCUAACGGCAUCACGUUUAGACUAAUUGAUACUGGUGGUGAGCGAAGCGAACGCAAAAAGUGGAUCUCUCAAUUUGAGCAUAUUAGCAUCGCAGUCAUUGUGGUUGAUAUCUCGGCUUACGAUCUUGUCCUUUACGAAGAAACCUCCGUGAACCGUAUGCAAGAAGACUUUACAAUCUUUGAGAGUCUCUGCAACUCAAGAUGGUUUGUGAAAUCACAUAUCAUCCUUCUCUUUACAAAGGUUGAUAUCCUUGAGCAAAAAAACACGAAAGUUCCUUUCAGGAGGUAUUUUCCUGAUUUCACUGGAAAGGAGAACAACUUACAUGAUGUCAAGGAUUAUAUUGAGGUUCGGUUCGAGUCACUCAAUAACCAUCCCACGAAACCUGUUCAAACUAUCUUCGCAAGUUUGGUCGACGAGUAUGAUGGUUUGGCCAACCUGGUUCUGGAAGCCAUUGUUAGCCGGCUUUCACCGGGCUUGGAUACUUCCCUUAAAUGA